AUGGAUCUAAUCACCUUAAUUUACAUUAUUCUGUGCCUACAUUUUCUUGCAUAUGUAUUUCAGUCUUGGUUCAGAAUAUCAAACAAUUCUAGAAGGCUUCCACCAGGCCCUCCCGGUUGGCCGAUUAUCGGCAACCUUCUUCAGUUGAGUCAAUUACCACAUAGGGACUUGGCUUCUUUGUGUCAGAAAUACGGACCUCUAGUGUACCUUCGACUAGGGAGCAUUGAUGCCAUCACCACCAACGAUCCCGAUAUUAUACGCGAAAUCCUUGUCCAUCAGGACGAUGUAUUCGCCUCUCGGCCGAGGACUCUUGCAGCUGUUCACCUGGCCUAUGGCUGUGGAGACGUGGCAUUGGCUCCGCUAGGCCCGAAAUGGAAGAGAAUGAGGAGGAUUUGCAUGGAACAUCUACUGACAACAAAAAGACUCGAGUCAUUUUCAAGGCAUCGGGCCGAUGAAGCUCAGCAUCUAGUUGAAGAUGUUUGGAGCAAGGCCCGCAAGGAAGAACCAAUAAAUCUGAGGGAAGUUCUGGGUGCUUUUUCCAUGAAUAACGUGACUAGAAUGCUGCUCGGAAAGCAAUAUUUUGGGGAAGAAUCAGCUGGACCACAAGAGGCAAUGGAGUUCAUGCACAUAACGCACGAAUUGUUUUGGCUCUUGGGCUUGAUUUAUUUGGGAGAUUAUCUGCCGUUUUGGAGGUGGAUAGACCCUUAUGGUUGUGAGAGGAAAAUGAGGGAAGUGGAAAAGAGGGUGGAUGAUUUUCACUCAAAGAUCAUUCAAGAACAUAGAAAGAAAUUGCAAACUGGAGGAGUAAAAGAUGAGGCAGAGAUUGACUUUGUUGACGUGCUAUUGUCUUUGGCAGGUGAAGAUGGAGAAGCACACCUAGAUGAUAAGGACAUCAAAGCACUGAUUCAGGAUAUGAUAGCUGCUGCUACCGAUACUUCUGCUGUCACCAAUGAAUGGGCAAUGGCAGAAGUCAUCAAACAUCCAACCGUCCUCGAGAAGAUCCAAGAAGAGCUUGAUACCGUAGUCGGACGUGAUCGGAUGGUCACAGAAUCUGAUUUAGCCCACCUAAAUUACCUACGAUGCGUUGUCCGUGAAACUUUUCGAAUGCACCCGGCCGGUCCAUUUCUCAUUCCGCAUGAGUCAGUUCGAGCCACCACGAUCAAUGGAUACCACAUCCCUGCCAAGACACGGGUUUUCAUCAACACGCACGGCCUAGGACGGAACACCAAGAUAUGGGACGAUGUGGAAGAAUUCAGGCCGGAGAGGCAUUUAACAGGAGAUGGGAGCCGAGUGGAAAUAAGCCACGGAUCCGACUUCAAGAUAUUGCCCUUUAGUGCUGGGAAAAGGAAGUGCCCCGGCGCGCCGCUGGGGGUGACGCUGGUGCUAAUGGCAUUGGCUCGGCUGUUUCAUUGCUUCGAUUGGAGGCCAGCUGAUGGAUUGAGACCUCAAGACAUUGAUACCAGUGAGGUUUAUGGCAUGACCAUGCCCAAGGCCAAUCCCCUGGUGGCGAUUGCUAGGCCCCGCCUGCCUUCUCAUUUCUACCAGUCCUCUUAAGUCUUGACUCAAGGAUUUGUUCUCCAAAAAAUAAAGGGCUACUUGAAGUACUAAUGUUAGCGAAAAAAAAAAUUUCUAAAGAAGUCACAAGUUUGCAAUUAAAUUGCCAAUUUUAUUGCAUGAAAACAGAUGGACGAUAAUUGGAGUUCAUCCAUACAUGAAAACACAUGAACAAAAUUGAAAUAGGUGUGCUUGGAGUCCAUCCAUCAGAUUUUAAAAUGACUCCAAUUGGUUUUAUUUCUUGCCCAGGUGACCAGUUACUCAAUGAAAUUUGAUCGGUCUAAACUUGUUUCAUCCAUUUGUUGUUUUCUUCGUGUUUUUGGCCUCCAGUCCCACCAGUAGGCACAAAUCUGGAGUCGAGAGUUUUUCUCGGCAAGAACGCUAGAAGCACGUAAUUACCCCAGGAGCAAUGUACCCUCAAGAUCCUAAUAUAAUGCCUCGUUUGGAUUGCCAAAAAUUUUCAAUCACCUUUUUGCCUCACUUACAUCACAUUAUUACAGUAUUUUUUUUUUAAACAAAAACCCCCCCGAAAACUUGCAAUCCAAACGGCUUACUAGAUUGUGCAUACUGCGAUACUAUCUUAGCAUCCAGUAUCAAAUAGAAGAGUGAAG